AGUGCGCGGUGGAGGAACGGACGGUGGAGACGGCGGAACCUCGUCAAGGGGAGGGGCCCCACGGCAGCCAGCAGCGCUGUGGCCUCCGCGCGGAAGGAGACUCCCGUCCCCGGCUCACCGGACACCCUUCAGGGCGCGCGCCGCUACCCUGCGGCAUGAGUGUGCGCGCGACGUGGCGGUAGCGCACGCACGGGGCAGCGAGAGCGCCGCCUGGAGGCUGAGACGUCGGUACUGCGCGCAGGGCAGAGCCGAGGAGCAUGCGCGAUGCAGGAGUGCCUGGGGCGUCAGUAUUGUGCGCGGGGAGAGGCAGGCGAGCAUGCGCGCGUGGGAGAGCCGCAGACGGCGACCCGAACGUGGUGCCGUGCGCCGGCGUCGCUGGGCCGUUGAGCAUGCGCGGUCGGGCGCAACUGCCGUGGCCGCGGUUGCUAGGCGGUGGCGAGAGGCGCGGAGACCCGGGCGCAGGUCUCGUAGAAGAAUUAAAGGAAUGUGAUACAAUGACACAAUUUGAUAUAGCCAGGCAACAACGUUUCCUGAUUCAGCAUGUUAAAAAAUAAGGGUCAUUCAACUAAACAAGAUAAUCUAGCAGUCACUGCAGUUGCUUUACAAGAUCACAUUUUACAUGGUCUUCAACUUCGAAAUCUUUCCAUAGCAGAUCAUUUUAAGACAAAGGCACCAAAGAGAAAGAACAGAUCCACAUCCCUAAGAAAUACAAAAGCAAUAAUAGAUACUGGACUUAAGAAAACUACACAAGGCCCUAAAGUGGAAGAUCCGGAAAAAGAAUAUGUUCUUGAUCCAGAACCACCACCAUUAACUUUAGCACAGAAGCUGGGCCUCUUUGAACCGCCCCCACUACCACUGUCAUCAGAUGAAUGGGAAAAGGUGAAACAGAGGUCCCUCCAGCAAGGGGAUUCCGCGCAGCCGUGCCCAAUAUGCAAAGAAGAAUUUGAACUUCGCUCCCAGGUGCUGCUCUCCUGCUCCCACGUGUUCCACAGGGCAUGCCUUCAAGCUUUUGAGAAGUUCACAGAUAAAAAAACCUGUCCUCUCUGCAGAAAAUACCAGUAUCAAACCAGGGUGAUUCACGAUGGGGCCCGGCUAUUCAAAAUAGAGUGUGCAACAAGGGUCCAGGCCUGCUGGAGGGGACACGUGGUGAGGAAGUGGUACCGAGACCUGAGGAGAGCCGUGCCUCCCGCAGACGCCAAGCUGAGGAGGAAGUUCUUUGAAGAAAAGUUCUCAGAAAUCAGUCACCGAAUGCUGUGCUCAUACAACACGGACAUCGAAGAGCUUUUUGCAGAGAUCGACCACUGCUUGGCCACAAACCGAAGAAUUCUUCAACAGCUGGAGGAGAAGUGUGGCCAUGAGCUCACAGAAGAGGAAUGGGGGAAGAUCCAGAGCCAGGCUCUGCUCCGGGAGACCCACGAAUGCUCCAUCUGCCUCACGCCACUCUCAGGGGGCAGUGAUGGUCAACGAGCCCCCUCAGGGUCGGGCUUCAGCCAGCCUUCCCGGAAGACAGUCCUCCUGUCCUGCUCACACACGUUUCACCACAUGUGUCUGUUGGCCCUGGAGGAGUUCUCCCCGGGGAACAGCUCUCCUUUCCACACGUGUCCUCUCUGCCGCUCUCGCUACCAAAAGAAAAUUCUUGAAAAUAAUUUGGGGAUGAGUAGUUUACCCUAAGUUUGGAUGAAAUGUGGGCAUUUGGGUUAAGUACUACAGAGCAAUCUGUUCUCCAGUGAAGCACACUCUUAGUUACACAUGGGGACCUAACUCUUCUAAAAGCUGACAACCUAUCCAGUUUCAGUCACUGUAAAAAAAAAUUUCGAAUUCCUGAGUGGAUAAAAACUCGAGUUUCAGAGCUUCUGUAACGUACUGACUUGCUGUGCUUCUGGUUCAUCAGUGGGGAUUGCUCACAACAGUAAAAGUGCUCCUUUCUUUGAUGGUAAUCUGAUCAGUUGGCCUAUUUCCAGGCAGUUCUGAUUGGCAGGACGUGGGCUGCCAGGAUGGUCACAGCACCCCACCUUCCCAGGCACACAGUUACCCACAUAAAGCUAGCAUCUGACAAACAAGCUGGUAGCCUGACAACACCCUUUAAGUGUCUUAAGGCUACUUCAUUCCUAAUACUUGUUUUGUAGUAACUGCUUUAUUUCUAUGUGAUAAACUACUGUUAUAGUUCAGCAUUUUGAAUAUGUAAGUCCAAAAUAGAAAAAUAAAAUAUUUAGUGGUACCCAACGUCAGAGACUAAUAAAUCACAUCUUACUGACUUGGAGCCACACAUACUGUUUUAUCUCAAACAUGAAAAAAUCAAUGAAACUGCUUUGAUCAGAAGUGUUUUGACCCUGGUUUUCUCUUCCUGGGAGCUUCAUUGUCUAAAAUUACCAAGUAGAGUUGUAUAGGUUUCGUACCCCAGCUGCUGUGACAGGUAAGACCCCGAAUCUCAGGGGCUUACGAAGAAGCCAGUCUUCCUGAGCCACACAGCCUGGCAGCAGCAGGCAAGGGGCUGAGACUCCACUCGGAGAUCCACUGCAGGUGGCCUGCAGCUUCCCAGGUCCUUCCAGCUCCUGGCUCCUGUACCCUGAGUCCCCACUGAAUGAAUGCCCCGGGGAAGCCCAGGCAGAGAGGUUCAAAACCAAGCUUCACCUACAGGCGCACAUCACUGCAGCCACGGCUAACCAUGGGGCAAAGGACCCAGCAAGCUGGUGCAGAAGGAAAUGGACACACAGGGUGCCCAGCUGCCGCCCCUUCCACUCUGCCUCACCUCAUGCAUAAGCCCUGGGCUGCUCCUGAGCCACAGAGUCCAGACCCCACCGCCCACCCAGUUCCCCCAUCUCACAAACCUAACAUCAAUCAGACACCCUUCCUGUGAGAAGGCUUCCGCAUGACCCAGUACA